AGGUAUUUCACUUUUUCAAUGCUGAAAGAAAUAAAUACAGCGGCACAAGGGUCGUUGGACAGCCUUGCCGCUCUGUCAACCCAAUAUCAGACCAAAUCGGCCUUCGCAGAUAUCAUCAAAGGAGUUCGUUGUGACCUUCAUUCAGUUCCCUUGCCUACAACUUACAUGGACCCCCGCAUAUCUCCACGCAAAGACGAGAUCGAAACAAUUCACCGCAGUCUGACAGCCUUGAAUACCUCAUUGGAACACGAUGUGCUGCGUUAUCACAGAAACUCUGUUACCCUCACGUCUAUGUGGCCUGAUCUUUGGAUUUGGGCAGAACCCUUUUUCCAAACUCAUUUUGUAACUGUUGCAGGGGAUGACGACGCAUUGUACGCCGAACUCCUUGACGUCCUAACUCCCACUGCAAUGGCAGUAAUGGACUCCAUCGGGACUCUCUUAUACGCUCCCCGUAUGCGCUCCAGAGUGUUUCGACACGUCAAUUUGUUCUUGCAUGAUGCGAAUUUGGGUUCGCAUAUUUUCCAAUGUCCAGAACUUCCAUUUCGAGCUCCGAGUUUCCAAGAUGAUGAGCGGGGUGCUAGACAAGUGCUAGAAUCUGUGGAGCAGCAGACCAAAAUCUCAUCGACCCUCCACUUGGUUCCUCCUGAUCAUGUCAAAGCGUCAUUGUUCACAGCUGUUGGAACCAUAUCGCUAGGUCCAAGAGAGGGAAUGGGGAAUCGCUAGUGAUGAUUACCUUGCUUGCAAGGUCUCUGCUGUGCAUAACGAUGUGAUGACUAAGAGGUGGCAAUCGUGUGAUGCUAAUAUUUCCUUUUUCCUUCUGAGCGGCCACGCUAUGUCUUUCUACGACGGGAAAGACAUCGCACAGGAACUCGACAUGGAACAAAUCAAUCAGAUAUUCGAACAUCACAAUGUAAGGCAGAGGCACUUUCUCUCAGCUUUCCCUCAACUGCAACUUGACAUCACC